UCUUUUAGAUCAUUUCAAUGUAAAAUUCUAUUUUUUUUCUUCAAAAAAUGGAAUAUUUCUAAAAUUAAAUUAAAUUUACUCUAAUAAUAUUCGAUUUUGGUGAAAAAAAGUAAAAGAUAAAAAUUGAAAAAAAUAUUUCGUUUAUAGAAUAAAUAUAUUUUUAUUUUAUCACUCCAUAGAAAAUAAAGCGAGAUCAGAGUAUUUCUUACUUUAUUCUCUAUUUUGAAAUGAAUCAAAUCAAAAGUUGCCGUAAACUAUAAGGAUUAUUGGUUCUCAAGAGUCGGUACAAGAUUCCGGUUAUGCAGAGUUAGGAUUUGGUUCUGAACCCGCCGGCUGAGACAGAGUCACUCAGACCCGUCUUUGUUGUUGCUGUUGACCGAGUUGAGUUCAGUUUCGGUUCGUGUCCAAACAAUAUCCACGCCCGAACCCAAAAAAAAAAAAAUUCACAAAAGUUUUGAGCUUUGGUAGCAAUGGCGGGUUUGACGAUUUCACCUCCUCUCGGUCUUUCCUUCUCUUCUCAAACUAGAAACGCUAAACCCACUUCGUAUCUAUCUCACAAUCAAAGAAAUCUAACAAGUCGUAUAGUUUCUGCGCUUCCAAGUCCGUAUGGCGAUUCAUUGAAAGCUGGACUUUCGAGUAAUGUCUCUACAAAGAUUGGCAACAAGGAUCAUCAUAGCAUUGAUCAAAGAUUUGGAGUGAUAGAGGCUAAGAAAGGAAACCCACCUGUAAUGCCAUCAGUGAUGACCCCUGGAGGACCUUUGGACCUUUCUUCAGUGUUAUUCCGCAACCGCAUAAUCUUCAUCGGACAACCCAUCAACGCACAAGUAGCUCAGCGUGUCAUAUCUCAGCUUGUAACCCUCGCUUCUAUUGAUGAUAAAUCCGACAUCUUGAUAUACUUGAAUUGCCCUGGAGGCAGCACCUACUCAGUGUUAGCGAUCUAUGACUGUAUGUCUUGGAUAAAGCCUAAGGUUGGAACAGUAGCGUUUGGAGUAGCAGCGAGUCAAGGAGCACUUCUUCUUGCUGGAGGUGAGAAAGGGAUGCGCUAUGCAAUGCCUAACACUCGUGUCAUGAUCCAUCAACCUCAAACUGGAUGCGGAGGACAUGUGGAGGAUGUGAGGAGACAGGUGAAUGAAGCCAUUGAAGCCAGACAAAAAAUUGACAGGAUGUAUGCAGCCUUCACUGGACAACCUCUUGAGACAGUGCAGCAGUACACUGAAAGAGAUCGUUUCUUAUCCGCUUCUGAGGCGCUUGAGUUUGGGCUUAUCGAUGGUCUACUGGAAACAGAAUACUGAAGCAACAUACAGGACAAUGCACAUUAGACGGUUCAUUGCAUGUUCAAAGCUUCCCAGUUUCAUUUGAAUAUGAAGAGUUGUUAACUGACUUUGUGCAUAAACCAAUUUGUUUUUCUUGGUUUUGGUGUCUACUAAACAGACUAAAACCAAUCUGUCCCAUUUUUCUAUUUGCGCUGAACCAAUUUGAAAACUUGUGUUCUAUUUACGUUAGGUUAGCUUGUUACUAUUCAGUUAGGUAAUUAAAAUCAUAUACAAUGCCAA